GAAAGGUUUGCCAUCACAUGGUGGAAAUUUCCACGCGCUCCUCCCAGUUAAAUGGUUUGAUAUGUCCACUCGUGUGUUUUUCACCCUGAGAGAUUUGCGCUAAUUCCAGGCUUACUUUUCCUUCCCUAACACAUCUGUAAACAUGAGCCGGAUUGAGUUGAAGAAAGUGUGCACAGAGGCGGAUGACGAGAGCAGCAUGGAUGAUCGCUACACAGAACCCAUCGAUUCAGAGAAAGCCACCAUAAACAGUCAGUUUCUGGAUGAAGACGACGGCGAGAGCCAGAAGUUUCUCACUAACGGAAUGAUGAAGAAGAAGAAAUAUGAUCAGGAAGAAUAUCACCCGGGUCAUGCGUCGUUUGGCAUGUCUGUCUUUAACCUCAGUAACGCCAUCAUGGGCAGUGGAAUUCUGGGACUGUCCUUCGCCAUGGCCAACACUGGCAUCUUGCUAUUUGUAAUUCUUCUGCUUGGAGUCGCUAUCCUGUCACUGUACUCAGUUCAUUUGUUAUUGGUGACGGCCAAAGAGGGAGGCUCGCUGAUCUACGAGAAGCUCGGAGAGAGAGCAUUUGGCUGGCCGGGAAAAAUGGCAGCAUUUGGAUCUAUAACUCUACAGAACAUAGGAGCUAUGUCCAGCUAUCUGUUUAUAGUCAAAUACGAGCUGCCAGAAGUGAUAAAAGCAUUCCUCGGCCUGGAGGAGAAUUCUGGUGAAUGGUACCUGAACGGUAAUUAUGUGGUAGUGUUUGUGUCCAUCGGAAUUAUUCUACCGCUCUCCAUGCUGAAAAACCUCGGGUAUCUCGGCUACACUAGUGGCUUUUCUCUCUCCUGUAUGGUCUUCUUCCUGGGCGUGUUGAUCUAUAAGAAGACGAUUCUCCCGUGCCCUCUUCCCUUCUUUUACCAACACGAGUCGAAUAUGAGUAUAAACGGUUCUGAUGCGUUGGGUCUGUACGCACUGCAGAACGCCUCGGCGCUCGCGUACGUCUCUGACGCAGCGAUGAACGGACCUCACCUGGAUCCUCACACACCUGUCCACGACGCCACUGUCCAGUUCACGCCUCACCACGAAGACGCCGAGAUGUGCACACCCAAAUACUUUGUGUUCAAUUCUCAGACUGCUUACACUGUUCCUAUUCUGGCCUUUGCAUUCGUGUGUCACCCUGAAGUUCUGCCCAUCUACAGCGAACUGAAAGAUCGUACUCAGAGGAAAAUGCAGGCUGUAUCAAACCUGUCAAUCUUGGCAAUGCUGGUUAUGUAUCUGCUUUCUGCCCUGUUUGGAUAUCUGACCUUCUAUGAUCAUGUGGAGGCAGAGUUGUUGCACACCUUCACUAAGGUGUAUAAGUUUGAUACGCUGCUUCUGUUGGUGCGUUUGGCUGUGUUGACGGCAGUAACGUUGACCGUUCCCAUAGUGCUGUUUCCUAUUCGUUCGUCAGUCAUCACGCUGUGUUUCUCAGGGAAAACGUUCAGCUGGAUCAGACACUUCAUCAUCGCCGCUGCUAUACUGGCAUUUAAUAACCUGCUCGUGAUUUUCGUCCCCACCAUCAGGGACAUCUUUGGCUUCAUCGGUUCGUCUGCUGCCACAAUGCUCAUCUUUAUUCUUCCGGCAGCGUUUUACCUGCGACUGGUUAAGAGUAUACCACUCAAAUCACCACAGAAAAUAUCAGCGGCCAUUUUUCUGGUGGUGGGAAUCAUCUUCAUGAUCGGCAGUUUGUCUCUCAUCACAUUAGACUGGAUCCACAACCCUCCCGGCUCUAAAGGUGCUCACUAAACAGUUGGCGCUCAGAAGGUGCUGAAACUGAAGCCCCCUCUCCAUCACGAGAACAUGGACGUUCAGUUUGGAUUGAACCCUCUGACUCCACCUCUCCCUCUCUCUCUUUGUAAAGCUCUAGUUUGUUGUUUUAAGUUCUCAUUUAUGUUUUCUCAAAACGCACAUCAAUCUGUUCACGGGUCUCAGAUAGACGUGAAAGCGAAUUCACGGGGGAGAAAGACAGCAGUAACCAGUGGAGCUCUGUCAUAAUGACGUGGCUCUCCCACAGAUAGAGAUGUUUAAAGAGCCCAUGAAAUCAAAACUGGAGUUUUGUCUGAGAUCUUUGAUCAUCUAUAUGCUAGUGUACGCCUAAAAGUUAACUUUCAACUGACAGAUGCAUUUCAAAUUUGCAUUUCGGAGGAAAUGAAGCGAAGAUAUUGAUGACGUCAUCUUGCCAUCAGGGGCGUAACCAAGCCACUGGUUAUAAUAUGUAUAGUUUGUUUUGGGCCGAAUUUUGGAGAAAAAAAACAUUUCAAAACUGCAACACUAGGCAUAUACGGUUGCAAUAUUUCACCACUUUAUUAGACAGUAAGUGGAAGUUAGAGUUAGGUUAGGUUUCACAACACAUUUCAACACACUAAAGUAUAUGAAAAAGUAUUUAUUAAAAAGCAGUAAGGCUAAAAUUCGUGCACAGUUAAGAAAUUCGGACUAUCUAAAACGAAUGAGUACUAUCGACCGAUAGUGGAUUUUGCCGAAACUGAUAACCAAGGUGGUGUAAAAAGGCAGAUAACCGAUUAAUCGGCUGAUAGUUUAAAAAAAAAAAUCGAUAUACAGAAUGAAACAUUUCUUAGUCUUUCCUUACUAUGACAGGAACAGACGUUGAAGCUAUUACAGUUCAAAUACAAAUUGGUGUAUUUGCAAUCAUAUCGUUGAGCUUUUUUCCUUUUUGUGACUAGCAAGACUGUUUUUUUUUUUUCGCUGAAACUGUUGUUGUGAUAGUUCAAUUGUCAGCUAUUGCUAUGUGUAGUUUUUAAAGCAUAUUUAUUGAAUAUUAGAUAUUAUUUAAUUGCUUGAAACAAAUGUUGCAGUUAUGCUACACUGGGUCUUUGAGGGUUAAAAGGGGUUGAGCCCUUUAAAAUGUCCUGCCUAAACUUCCUGUUUCAGUAGGAAACACUAAAACACUCAAAACUGCGUUUGUUUCAUGGGGUCUUUAAAACAGAGAGAGAGAGAGAGAGUUUGGGCCGAAUGAUUAAUCGAAUGAAAAGCACUUUUUCGAGAUGUCAACAAUACAUUUUCAUACUCAUGUUUGAAUUCAUUAGGCAACAUUAGUCAUUGUGUUGCUUUCUUUCUGUUAGUUAUUUUCAAAAGGAUAGCUCACUCAGAACUGAGUAAACGAUGACUAUUUCUUUUGCAUUACCAUUUUUUAAUCACAUUUCCUCUAUGUGAGGGAAAAGGUCCAGUUAUCACAUUUUUGUACCAAAACGAAGAAUUUGAGCAUACAGCCUGGUCCACUUAAGAUGUAGUUUUUCUCUCGAAUGGUUGCAUAAAACCAGAACGGCGUAGUUGGACAGUCUACGUGAUAAUGAUACCUUUUUAAUAGAGGAUUUAUAAUCUAUGAGCCCAGUGAGUGAACUCACUUUUAUAGCUUUUUUUUAUUACAAAUGUCUCAACAGCAGUGAUUAGCUUACAAAAGAGUUUUGAUAACAUUUGAACCACAUUAUGCCACGCCAAAUGGGCAGUGCAAUGAACACACAAUACCUGCUGACUCAUUAUAUCAAAUCAAGUCAUCACGCACAAGCCCUGACCUGAUACGGCCUUCAGAUCGCUCGCUUGAAAUCAGGCCUUAUUAUACCUGUUCCGAGAUCAACCCGGAUUGUAUUUUAGAUGCGAGAUUUGUGCCUUCGCCAUCUUCCUGUGCUGUAUCCGACUACACUGCCUUGCUGGAGAAAAAUACGUUUACAGAACUGAACGUUUACGGACAGUCGCACCUGUUUCUACAUUGUGUGCUCAAACAGGUCCAGCCAAAGUGGACGAUAUUUAAAGAUCCUUUGCCGAUCUGCUUACUCAUAAAGCAAAUAUUUCAAAUGAAAUGGUAUGAUAUUUUUGCAUGUUUUAAAUCACAAACAUGGUCUUUUUGGACAUUUGUAUAUGGUUUGUAAAUAGUCUGGAAGGGACGACGCAUCAAAUGUUCACCUGUAGAGUUUUAGUGUUAUAUUUUAGAUGUUGGUGUAUGUUUCUGCCAUCAUGCCUUUUUUUUUUUUUUUAUUGUAAAUUUGUAGAAAAGUCAUUGUAUUUCUAUUGUACCUCCUUGAUGGUUUUUAUGCAGAAAAAUUGAGUUGUGGUUUUUUUUUUUUUUUUUGGAAAGGGGGGGGUUGUAUGUUACUUGAUUUGUUAGCAGCUGAAAUGGUUCUUGAGGCUCCCAGAGGCUCGCGUAUGGCUCACGAGGAAAAACGAGGCUCAUAGUUCCUCCUGUGAUUCAUGUCAAAUGGAAUUUCCGUAAUUUAGAGAUUCUACAUCCUGGAACUCAAAAAUUAUUUGUUUUAGUGGCAACACUCAAAAGCCAACAUUCUAUUUUUGUAGCAACCUCAACAAAAUUCGGUUUGAUUUAAAAUAAAAUAAAAAGGCAUUUCAAACAGAAUUGUGUAGCGUUUGCUACCAAUCUAUCUUUAAAACUGCCUUUUUGAUUGUGAGAUGUCAAGAGGUUUGGUAAAAUUCAGUCUCUAAAUUUCUGUUUUCCAAUUAGUCGGAAACUCUAAAUUACGGUAAGUCCGACAUGAUGUGAACGCAGAAUUAUUUCAUGUCUCUGAAUCAGAGCUACAGACGAUACAUCAGACGAAUGUUCGGCCAUUUGAAAUAUAUGUCAUGUUUUUGAAAACCAUUGUUUUGUCUUCCACUGUUUACCUCUGCAAACUGCAUAUUGGACUUUUGUACAUUGUACAAUAUACAGUAUAUACAUGUUUGUAAAUGUCAGUUUUACAUGUGUUUUAAAGUCAACAUGAAAACCCCGAUUUAUUUUCUUAAUUAACAUUUCUGGAGUAAUUGUUUAUGUUACAAAAAAAUAAAAUAUCUUCGGAAUCUCUCAUCAAAAUAUUAUGACUUGCUCCGCCCCCAAACAACUUUGCUUUUUGGAUGACAUCACGAAGGCCUCUUAUUUUUAAGCCCCACCCCUCUAACCACCCGACUUCAUUCUGGUAUGUUACACCCACUUUUUACAACCCAAUCAAUUCCAAGUGGAUAAAAUCCCCCUAUGUAUUUUUUCAUUCAGAAAUACAUCACAUGGCUUGCAAACCUCAUUUCAUGUUGAUUUUAAGCGUGUUUUUGUGCUCCUGAACACAACGCUCGGUCUGUACGCUGGUUUGUCUUGCAGCUCUUUGUCUGUAGCUUCCUUCAGGGAUAAUGUGCAGGAAGUUUAUCGAUUCCUCAUUCAAACUGUGCUCUGAACGUACAAAAUGUAAAUGUUGUUUUCAUUUGUUUGGUGAUAUGAAAUGAACUCCGUAUCCAGUAUUUUUAGCUGAAAUAUGUAGAGUUGUGAGAAAUUAGGUUAAACCUCGUCCACUCACAAACUGCCUUACUGCACCCUUAAACAUCCAAAAUGUUGACCCACCAUCCGCCAAUCAGCUGCAGCCUCCUGUCGGAUCAACCAAUCACAAGAUGAUUUGUCACAUCAUGGGAGGAUAUUUGUAUCACUGAAGCUGUUUCCAUAUUAUGUAACAUGAAAAAUAAAGAAAUGUGAAAUAA